GUGGGCACUGGGGAUGUAUCGAAUUAUGUGGGCGUGGCAUGUGCUAUGUAGGUCCGUCCAACACUUUCACUUUUGAUUUUAAGAAGAGAAUUAAGAAGCGAACCAACGGGUGAAGUAAGUUGAAAACCCAGGAUUACCGAGAUGGAAAACAAAGCCACCAUUCGUCUGAAGGUAGACUGGCCAGAAGGAGUACCCCAGCAGCCGGAGGUAGAACUUCAAAAGGCUCUACAAACCUGGUUAACCAAAUCCGCCAGCAGUACUGUCUGGGAGUGUCUGAGUGUAACUUCUCCACAAGAUGGAGCUGUUGAGGCGGUGGUUUCAGCCUCUUUCGAACAUCUAUUCACUCAAGAAACUGAGUUGACCUUGAAGCAUCAGAGAACAGCGUUAGUGACUCGUGUUCUGCCUGGAGAUGAGCUGCCAGGGACCCAAGCAGAAGCCUCAAGCCCCUCAUCCGGAAUGCCUGAGCCUGUGAGCUGCACUUUACCGCUGGUCCACUUCUGGUACGUGAACCAGGUCUACAGAGAGAAAAUGAAACGCAUCGAGGAAGAAAACGGAGUUCAUAUCCAAAAGGACGUGAAGGUGUCCUUCAACGGUGACACCAGCGCUGGAGCAGACCCAGUCAAGGCUCUCUCUGAAUUCACCGAUCUAGUCCAGUCUUGUUUAGGAGACUCCACAUGCUACUCUUACUCCCAUGAGCCCGGUCAAGUGGACUGGGAGAAAGCCCUUCAACUCAUCCAGCAGGGUCAAGAGAAGCUCACGCUUACCGUGUCACCCCAUGAGGUGGAGGUGUGUGGGCCAAUGAAAAGCCUGAAGACUUUCGAAACCAUUUCAAAAAUGCAAAAGAAAAUCCUUAAUACUCCGGUUCCUGGUCCGUCAUCUGCAGGGGAAGCUCAAGGAAGAUCACAAAGGGUCAGCAUGAACUUCAGAGACCCUCUGCUCAGCUCUGGUGUAGCAAUAGAUGCAACCAACUACAAAGUGAUGGCUAUCGCUUAUAAGGAUGAAAUGGCCAUGAUCGAAAGCAAGUUCGGUGUGAAUUUCUUUUACAUGCAAGAUGCGGUCUGGGCCAAAGCUAAACCCGGGGGGUCUGAAGACACCGUUACCCUGGAGGGCCACGCCCUCAGAGCUGUUCUGUGUCUGUACCAGAGAGUGGCCACCUCUGUGCUGAGUUGCUCCCUGCAGAGCCAUAGCCAGAGCGAGAGCCACCUAGUGGGGCAGAGACUGGCUGGACACCCUGGGGUCGUCCUAGACCGUCUUGGGGACCAGUGGAGGAUCAUCGGCCUGCCAGAGGACCUGCGCCGGGCUGUGGAGCACAUCGAGAGUGACCUAGAAAGACCCGUCUUCAGGGAGGAGGACAGGCAGAGGGUCGGAUGUUCCAAAAGGGAUGCAUCUGUAUGCGUUAUUGCAUGAGAGC